AUGUACCCGCUAUCGUACUGGUUGUUUGUCCUAGGCACGGGCUGCGUGGCCAUCUUCUGGACGCUCGACUACUUCCUGGUGGUGGCCCCUGCCCUCCGGGCGCACAUGGGCCUCGCGGCCGCCAGCGGCGACGACCCCAGGUGGCGCAUGUGCUACUUCGACGACCAGUAUGCCAUGGGGGCCUGUGCUGCGAUCACCGCCUGUUUCUUCCUCUUCGUCACCGUGCGCGGGCUGGUGUGCGUGAAGCCGAUCGGGCGGCGACUGCAGGCUGCGCGCCGCGGUCAGCUGGGGCCCGCGAUGAGGCACGCUGCCAUCGUGGCCAUGCAAUGCCCGCUCCUCCUCUUCGCCGUCGGCACCCUGCUGUUCAACAUCAGGGAGCAAGUCAGGCACGAGGAGUGCAAGGACCAUCGGCUCGUCGCGGCGCUCAGGAGGUUUGGCUGCUACAGCCUGCUGCUGGUCUUGCUGUCCUGCCUGGCGUUGCUCUGGAAUGCCAUGCUCCGCACAGGCGGGGUGCCCGAGGCGCAGGGGUCGCGGAGCGAGAAGAUGAAGCGGAGGGCCCCUCCUGGGAUUUUGGCGAGGAUCCCCACGGUGCCCUACGAUCCAGAGCUGUUCGGCGCGGAGGACGGCAGGCGGUAUCACGGCGAGUGUUCCAUAUGCCUCGAGGACUUCGAGGCCGAGCACGCGAUCAAGGACGUCACGCACGCGCUGGAAGCAGAGGCCGAAGGAACUGACUCCGGCACCGACGUCGUUGCGGAGCGCGAGGCGCUGGCCGCCGUCGCGGAGGCCGAGCUCGCGCGCCUGGCCUCCGAGCGGGGCGCCGCCGCGGCCGCCCCAUCGCGGGAGGCCGAGUGCGCGCGCCUCGCCGCUGAUCUGGACGCCGCCCCGACCUUCCCCUCGCAGGAGCGGACGCAGAACCGCGCCGAAGGUCCAGGGGGCGGGCGCCGCCAGGCGCCGCGCGGAGUGGCCGCCGAGGUGGCGCCAGCGGCGCCUGCCGCCGCGGGUGGCGCGGGUGGCGCCAGCAGAGCCGCCGUCGCGGAGUGCGAGGCGCUGGAGGCGAGGGCGGAUAGUCUGUGCGCGAGCGGCCGUGAGUUGGUCUCCGUGCUCCUUGGGGCGGUGUUCCGCAGGCACGCGCCUGAACGUGUCGCGGAGGUGCCAGCCUUGAUGGACAGCGCCCACCACGCAGAGCCGAAGCUGCUCGAGCGGGUGGUGCUCGAGUACGUCGCGGGGGGCGGGCGGGCGCACGGCGCCCCGCCGGUCGGGGCGCAGCGGGCGGAGCGCGGUGUGGGCUCUGGGCCACCAGUCGCAG